GUACUCUGCCAGAGUAUCAAAGUUUUCCUCUCUUGCCAAUAAUAGACAAAAAUCCAGUCUACCUCCGCGUAAAAGAAGACCUCGCAAGCCGUCGUUCUUUUCUUUAAAAGAGGAAAAGAAGAAAAAAAGAAGGAAAUUCGUCCUUCGAUCGCUUCAGGAUGUGGGCAGCUUCUUGUCUUGCGUCGUGCUGCGCGGCCUGCGCUUGCCAGGCCUGCCAGUCGGUUGUUGGAGGAAUCAGCCGGCGGUCGGCCAGGAUCGCGUACUGCGGCCUCUUCGCGCUGUCGUUGAUCGUUUCAUGGAUUCUGAGGGAGGUUGCUGCUCCUCUCAUGGAGAAGCUCCCAUGGAUUAAUCAUUUUCACCAGACUCCUAACAGGGAGUGGUUCGAAACAGAUGCAGUGUUACGGGUGAGCUUGGGAAACUUCUUAUUCUUUACUGUGCUAGCUGUUUUAAUGAUUGGAGUCAGGGAUCAGAAAGAUCCUCGGGACCGUUUGCACCAUGGUGGGUGGAUGAUGAAGGUCAUUAGCUGGUGUCUUGUGGUAAUUUUCAUGUUUUUCCUUCCAAAUGAGAUCGUCAGUUUCUAUGAGACGAUAUCAAAGUUCGGCUCAGGACUGUUUCUUCUUGUACAAGUUAUUCUGCUGUUGGAUUUUGUACAUGGAUGGAAUGAAAAUUGGGUUAGCAAAGAUGAACAGUUCUGGUACAUGGCGUUGUUUGUUGUCUCACUUGUUUGUUAUGUGGCGACAUUUUCCUUCUCGGGGCUGCUCUUCCACUGGUUUACUCCCUCAGGACAUGAUUGUGGUCUUAACACUUUCUUUAUCGUUAUGACUUUGAUUCUGGUUUUCAUUUUUGCUAUUGUGGCGCUGCAUCCAGCUGUGAAUGGCAGUCUUUUACCAGCUUCAGUAAUUUCCUUGUACUGCACUUAUCUCUGCUACAGUGGCCUUUCUAGUGAACCAAGGGACUAUGAGUGCAAUGGCCUUCACAAUCACUCAAAAGCUGUUUCUACUGGCUCACUCACCUUGGGCCUGCUUACUACAGUUCUCUCAGUCGUAUACUCUGCCGUUCGUGCUGGUUCUUCAACAACUUUGCUCUCACCACCAAGUUCACCUCGUGCAGGAUCAGCUAAGCCUCUGCUUCCAUUGGACCAGAAGGAUCAGCAGGAAGACCGGAAGAAGGACGAACCUAGGGCCGUCACAUACUCGUAUUCCUUCUUUCACCUCAUCUUCUCUCUUGCUAGCAUGUACUCGGCAAUGCUUCUGACAGGGUGGUCUACCUCGGUCGGUGAGAGUGGCAAGCUAGUCGAUGUAGGGUGGCCAUCAGUGUGGGUUCGUAUCGUGACAGGGUAUGCCACCGCGGCUCUGUACAUAUGGUCUAUGGUUGCUCCCUUUCUCUUCCCAGAAAGAGAGUUCUGAGGAUACAACCCAACCCCACUUUGAACAAAAGCUAAGUGGUUUUACUGACCUUAGUGUGCUCUAUAUAUGUGUUAUAUGAUCAUAUAAUAUUCAAACAUGGUAUUGGCACAAAUAUCCAUCCUUUGAAGAUGGGCCCACUGCACUUUCAAGGGCCGUUCGGCCAUUUGAAUUAAAAAAACAAACGGUGUGUUGA